ACAUAUAAAGAUUUUACCAAUGGCAUCGAAAAGUGGAUUUGGCUAUGUAGUUCCAUCAGACCUAAAAUGAAUGCAGAGGCGCUGCCGACCGGGAAUUUAACAAUAAACGUCUUUUGAAUCCGGCAAUCCCUGUUUCUGAUCGAUAAAAAGAAUUGUUUUAAUUAUCAAAAAGAAAUCUUCUCUCUGUUAUUCUGAAUCAAGGGUGUGGAUAUAAAAUAACAUUCACAGAAAAAUGCCACCGAAAAAAUCAAAGGAAAGUAUAAUUUUCCUUGUAAAUGUCGGAAUUAUUCGGCAUGGUACUCAGAGCAAUUCACAGUUGCUAGAUAAAGCGAAAUUUAUUCUUAAACACAUUAUUCAAAAGAAGAUAUUUCUGCGUCCAAAGGAUGAAAUAGGAGUGAUAUUAAUGGGAUCAGAUAACAGUAAAGACAACAAUAUCAUAGAAUUAGACAAUGUACAAGAAUUGUGUCGUAUGCAAGUUGGAAAUUGGGAUUUGAUAGAAAGCAUCGAGAAAUUACAAACCACAAACCAGAAUUGUUCUUGGAUGGAGGCAAUUUAUGCUGCAGUUGAAUAUAUCAACCAUGAGUGCCUAGACAAAUCUGAAAGAAAAAUAAUCCUGCUGUCUGAUUUUAAUGAGGAAGAGGAUAUUGUGUGCCAAUUCCAAAUGGAUGAUAUUGUAAAGACAUUAAGUGAAGAGGAAAUUUCACUUAUGGCAAUCGGAGAAAGAGCGUUGGAUAAUAUAGAUGAAGAUUCUCAAACAGCUAGUGAAGCAUUACUUAAGAGUGUUUUACGAAAGAUUGAUGGUCAAUAUUUCACUUUCGAACAUGCUAUGUCAGAAGUACGCUUCUAUAAACGACCAUCAACUAAACCGAUGACAUGGUACUGUCUGAUGGAAUUGGGUGAUUUUUACAUACCUAUUGUUGGAAUUUCCAAAAUGCCGACAGAAGUAAAGUUACCACAAAUGAUAUUGAUGGGUAAGACGAGUACACCCGAUAUGCCAGAUCAGGAAGUGCCAAUUAAGAAUGUUCCACAAUGGAAGGAUAACAACAGGACUGUUCACACAAAAGAGGAUAUUAUCCGUGGUUAUGUGUACGGUGGCAGGCCUAUUCCGGUUUCGGAUGAGGCUAAGAAGGCAAUGACUCCCAAAACUAACGAAAAAUGUUAUAAGAUACAUGGUUUCACUGCAAGAGAAAACAUCCCUAUGGAAUACUGGUUGUCAGAUGGCACGUAUGUUAUCGUACCGGCUAACGAGUCGGUAAGUGCACCAUUUUAUAGUCUGGUGCAAGCCAUGGUUGACAAGAAUGUAGUCGCUAUAGUGGAGAAGGUUUACAGAGCAAACACUGAAGCUAACAUGGUCGCAUUAUUUCCGAGUGUUGAUGUACCGAAUGAACCUUGGUGUCUUAUUGAGAUUGGCUUGCCAUUUGAACGAGAUUACGGUGCGAUAGCGCAGAGACCCUUGAAAUUCGUGAUGAAGCAAUUGUCGAAAGAGCAAAACGAUGCUAUCGACGACUUGUUGACAUCUUUAGAAUUGCCCGAUGCUACCGACGAUGACGCAAUUGAUGUUAGCGAAAAAUAUCUACCGGGAUAUAUGCCAGACCCCGGAGCACAACAUAUGUGGGAUAUGUUAUCAACUCGCGCGCUUAAACCAGACAAACCGUUGCCAUCUAUAGCCGACGAUGUGAAAAAUCUUUUAGAGCCACCCGAGUUUAUGAGAGAAAAAUGCAAACCGGUUACAGAAAGGAUAAAAAAUUUGUUUUUCUUAGAGAAGAAGCAACCUCUUAGUACUAGGAAACAUAAAAAGUUGGAAGAGAGAGAUAAUGAACAAUCUAAUAACGAUGACUUGUCCAUGAUGCAGUCAGUCAAAACAGAUGAAAAAGAUAUUACAAAAGACAAUAAUGAUAAAUCAGAGAAUAUGGUUUCUUUAUCUGAUACAUGCGAUUUUGAUUUUGAUGCGAUUGGUGAUAUAUAGAAAACUACUGGCAGUAAUCAUCUCUUGAUAGUCACAUUGUGACUUUAUGCGUUUUAAAUUACGCAGUGCGUGAAAAACUUUUGGAAAUAUAUUUUUUAUGUUAAAUUUAAUUGAAAUAUAUUUUUUAAUGGAAAUAAAUAUAUAU